CUCGGCAGGGGCGGGGAUUGGGGGCAGCUCCCAGGACCACUUCCUUCCCUCCCUCCUCAGUGCCUCCCCCAUCCCAUCCCUUAGCCCGGCCCCGCUGGGCUUCCAGCCGGCCGCUCACACUCACAGCAGAUGCGGAUUUGGAGGAGGGACUUUGGCCAGGGAUGGGAUUUAACAAACUCCUUGGGGACCUUGAUUCCCAGGGAAGAAUGGCAGUGACCCAGCUCGGAUUGGGGACCCAGUCAGGCAGCCCAGAAAGAGGGAGAUUAUGCAAACAGAUGUAAAGACCCACUAACAACAUGUGUGAACCUGUCUACAAGGCUGGGACAGGAUAUCAGGUGCGAAGAAACCCGUUUCAACCAAGUGGUGUAUCAAAAAAAGAUGCCAUCUCAAUAUAGGUUUAUAUUUUCCACUGGCCCUAUGGGCGAAGAUACCUUGACCAUUACUUCACUUGAGUGUGUUACAGCUCGUCCGAUGUUAUAUCACCAGGUUAAGAGAUAUGGAAAUCUCCAUGAGGAUUUGGACAAGAGUCCCAAUAGCUAUUAAAAUUCUGGACUAGCUCUAUUACGAAAGCCAACUUCUCCUAACUGAAAAUUGGCUAAUGGAACAAAGACCCAAUGAGAUUCCAGCUUCCUGAACUCCUUCAGAGCGGAAAGAGUAUCUUCCUCAACUGUUGUUGCCAUACCUACCACAUUCCCUAACCCCUAGUAAAGAGUGCAGUCAAUGUGUUUAAAUUGAAUUGGUGUGAACUUGAUCCUCUCUGAAGAGGGAACAUUUAAGCAGACACCAAUGAAGAGGAGUUAGUCAUGUGAACAUGUUAUGAAGAAUGUUAAAAACAAAGGGAACAGCAAGUACCAAGAGCCUGAGGUAGAUGGACUAUAAGGCACUUACCCAACAAACUGUUCAAGAAAUUUUAGGUUACAAUCAAGAUAAAUCGGGCUGGAAAGUGGUUAAAAUUUCAAAAAAGAUAACUGUUUCCAAGAAGCCUUCUAAAAAAUUCCAGGGAAAUCUAUACCGUGUUGAAGGAAUAUUUCCAGAAUCAGCAUCUAAACUAUCUGAUUUCCUCUACAAAACUGAAAACAGAGUUACAUGGGAUAAAUCAUUGAAAGCGUAUAAUAUGGUACACAAGAUUGACUCGGACACAUUCAUAUGUCAUACCAUUACACAGAGUUUUGCUAUGGGCUCAAUUUCCCCCCGAGACUUUGUUGACUUAGUGUCCUUCAAGCACUGCGAAGGGAAUAUGGAUAUUAUCACUUCUGGGAGUGUGGAUUUUCCAGCAUAUCCUCCAUCUUCAAAUUACAUCCGUGGUUAUAACCAUGCUUGUGGCUACGUAUGUUCACCUCUGCAAGAGAACCCAGCACAUUCCCGACUAGUGAUGUUUGUCCAAACAGAAAUGAGAGGAAAAUUGUCCCCAUCAAUAAUUGAAGCAACCAUGCCUUCCAACUUAGUAAACUUCAUCCUCAAUGCAAAAGAGGGAAUAAAGACACACAAAGCUCCAUCAGGACGUGGAUGUCAUCGUAAUGGGCAUUCAUCAUUCCUAAGGAAGAAAUGAGGCCAUUACAAUGAGGCCAUAUAAUGUCACGUGUGGCAAUAUGCAGUUUACUUCUAAGUCAAUAUGCAUAAACACUGUUGAACUAUUCUAGACAGUAUUCUUGGACAAAUUACUGAAGGUACUUUGUGAAAAUAAGAACUUGUAAAAGAGAACAGCGUGAAAUAUAGUUUUUAAUCUCAUAUAAGAAUGAUGUUGAAUAACAAAUAUUCUUAAUGCACUUUUAUCUUUCGCUUUUUUCCCUGGAAAAUGCUCUACAAAAGAAUCAUUAAGAAAGCAUAUACAGUCAGAGGUCAGCAUUAAUUAAAGCUUAAAAUAUACUUUAAAUUGUUUUUCCUUCACUUACUGCUUACAUUGAUAGCUGUAGGAAACCUGAACACAAAAAUAGAAAAGAAUUCCACUAGAACGUAUGGCCAAUGAUAUCUGGAACUUAAAA